GCUCUCCGGCCGGAAGCGCUGUGACGGUUGGUUCUCUGGGAUGAUGAGCUUACGUUCUCCUAGCGGGCCUUAAAGACAGGUUCUCCUAGCGGGCCUUAAAGACGGGUUCUCCUAGCGGGCCUUAAAGACAGGUUCUCCUAGCGGGCCUUAAAGACAGGUUCUUAAAGACGGGUUCUCCUAGCGGGCCUUAAAGACAGGUUCUUAAAGACGGGUUCUCCUAGCGGGCCUUAAAGACAGGUUCUCCUAGCGGGCCUUAAAGACAGGUUCUUAAAGACGGGUUCUCCUAGCGGGCCUUAAAGACAGGUUCUUAAAGACGGGUUCUCCUAGCGGGCCUUAAAGACAGGUUCUUAAAGACAGGUUCUCCUAGCGGGCCUUAAAGACAGGUUCUUAAAGACGGGUUCUCCUAGCGGGCCUUAAAGACAGGUUCUUAAAGACGGGUUCUCCUAGCGGGCCUUAAAGACAGGUUCUUAAAGACGGGUUCUCCUAGCGGGCCUUAAAGACAGGUUCUUAAAGACAGGUUCUCCUAGCGGGCCUUAAAGACAGGUUCUUAAAGACAGGUUCUCCUAGCGGGCCCUAGAGACGGGUCCGGGUCUCCAGAGUCCUGAAUGGAGAACACGGCUCCGUUGACUUCAUGGACGCUGUUGGUUCUGACGUGUCUCACCGGCCUGGAGGCCGCGGGGCCGCCGGGUGACGGAGGCGGCUGGUCCCUGAAGUCAGAUCUCCGCCUUCAGGAUGAAGGUCUCUGUAACAUCGAUGUGCUGGACGGCUCCUCGCUGUCACAUCAGCAGUUCCUUGAAAGAUAUGCGUUCGUCAGACCGGUGAUCCUCAGAGGUCUGACUGACAACACGAGGUUCAGGUCUUCGUGCUCGAGGUCUCGUCUGCUGCAGGAAUACGGAGGAAAAAACGUUCGCCUGAGCACGGCCAACACGCACUCCUACAGGAAAGUGGACGUUCCUCUUCAGGAGUACGUGGAUGUCUGGCUGAGGCCUCAGUCUGCAGACGUCCUCGGCAGCGCUCCAAGCUCAGUGGUUCCUAUCGAAGACGCCAAUCUUCAAAUACAAAACUACAUUCUGUACUUCUUCGGGGACAACAACGUGACCGAGUGGCAGCUCCUGCUGCAGCAGUACGCGUCUCCACCGUACGUCCUGCCUCGGACCAGCGGGGCGCUCAGCUUCGGCAUCGCAGGUCCUGGAUCCGGGGUCCCCUUCCACUGGCACGGUCCCGGUUUCUCCGAGGUCAUCUACGGGAGAAAGCGGUGGUUCCUCUACCCGCCCGACCAGGAGCCCCACUUCCACCCCAACCGCACCACCCUGUCCUGGGUCACGGAGACCUACCCACAGCUACCGGAGGCCGAGGCACCGCAGGAGUGCACCAUCUCACCUGGAGAGGUUUUGUAUUUUCCGGACCGUUGGUGGCACGCAACCCUCAACCUGGAAACCAGCGUCUUCAUCUCCACCUUCCUCGGCUGAUCUUCAUCUUCGUCUCUCCAGUGUUACAUUCCAGCUUUACUGAGAUUCCAUUUGUUGUUAAAUUCAACCUUGUUUUACAAUAAAGAAACAGAAAUGUAUUUAAAAACCAA